UGAGGGCACGGGCAGCGCGUCCCUGCCCUCCCGGGGCUCCGCGGCUCCCAAGAGUUGUGCCGCAGGGUAACCGGAGUGCGGGCAGGUGAGGGAGCGGAGCGCAGAUCACCCAGAAGACACAAUGAGCGUUAAAGCUUUCAAGCUCGUUUCUGCUGUUGAGCGGGAGAUGUUAAUGGGAGACAAAAACUACAUCAACAUCGAGUGCAUUGAGUGUUGUGGGAAGAACCUCUAUAUUGGAACCAAUGACUGCUUUAUCUAUCACUUCCUGUUGGAUGAAAAGGUAUCCACAGCUGGAAAAAUAACUUUUGCUGCCACCAAGCAACUACACAAAUACCUGGGUUUGAAGAAGCCUGUGAGCGAGUUGAAAGCAGCCUCUGCCCUCACGAGACUGCUCGUGCUCUGUGACAACACGAUAACACUAGUGAACAUGAUCAACUUGGAACCUGUCCCCACUGGUGCUAGGAUCAAAGGAGCUGUGACAUUCACCCUGAAUGAAAACCCUGUGAGUGGGGAUCCUUUCUGCGUGGAAGUUUGCAUUAUCUCGGUCAAGCGCCGGACCAUUCAAAUGUUCAUGGUGUUUGAAGACAGAGUGCAGAUAGUGAAGGAAGUGUUUACUCCAGAGCAACCCUGUGCUGUGGCUGUAGAUGGUUACUACUUAUGCCUUGCCCUUACUACACAGUAUAUCAUUUUGAAUUACAGUACUGGCGUCUCCCAGGACCUGUUUCCUUAUUGCAGUGAUGAGAAACGGCCAAUUGUGAAAAGAAUAGGCAGACAAGAGUUUCUGUUGGCUGGCCCUGGAGGCCUAGGCAUGUUUGCUACUGUAGAUGGGAUUUCACAGCGCGCCCCGGUGCACUGGUCAGAGAACGUGAUUGGGGCAGCUUUGUGCUUUCCCUACGUGGUUGCUCUGGAUGAUGAGUUCAUUACGGUGCACAGCAUGCUGGACCAGCAGCAAAAGCAAACCCUGCCCUUUAAAGAAGGUCACAUUCUACAGGACUUUGAAGGAAAGGUGAUUGUUGCUACUAACAAGGGUGUGUAUAUCUUGGUGCCACUACCUUUGGAAAAACAGAUUCAGGAUCUUUUAGCUAGCCACAGAGUGGAAGAAGCCCUUGUUCUAGCAAAAGGAGCUCGAAGGAAUAUUCCAAAAGAGAAAUUUCAGGUAAUGUACAAACGAAUCCUGCAGCAAGCAGGUUUUAUACAGUUUGCACAGCUUCAGUUCCUUGAAGCAAAAGAACUCUUCAGAAGCGGCCAGCUUGAUGUCCGGGAGCUGAUCUCUCUGUACCCCUUCCUGUUGCCUACUUCCUCUUCAUUUAUCCGGUCUCAUCCCCCUCUGCACGAGUACGCCGACCUCAACCAGCUGACCCAAGGGGACCAGGAGAAGAUGACAAAAUGCAAACGGUUCCUCAUGAGUUACUUGAAUGAAGUCCGCAGCACGGAGGUUGCAAAUGGCUACAAGGAAGAUAUUGACACUGCUCUACUCAAACUGUAUGCAGAGGCAAAUCAUGAGAGCCUGCUGGAUCUCCUAGUUUCAGAGAACUUCUGUCUCUUAACAGAUAGUGCUGCCUGGCUGGAAAAACACAAAAAGUAUUUUGCACUUGGUCUCCUGUAUCACUACAACGGUCAGGAUGCUGCAGCACUUCAGUUAUGGGUGAAAAUAGUUGAUGGAGACAUUCAAGAUUCUACACGUUCAGAUCUCUAUGACUACAUAGUAGACUUCCUUACGUUCUGCUCAGACCAAGAGCUAGUGUGGAAGUACUCUGAAUGGAUUUUACAAAAAAAUGAAGAGGUUGGUGUACAGAUUUUCACUAAAAGGCCUUUGGAAGAACAGGAGAAAAACAACAUUAAUCCAGAUGAUAUCAUCAGUUGCCUUAACAAAUAUCCUAAAGCACGUGUCAAAUAUCUAGAACACCUAGUACUGGAAAGAAAAAUACAGAAAGAGAAGUACCAUACUCAUCUAGCUGUCUUGUACUUGGAGGCAAUACUUCAGCUAAAAUCUGUGACCACAGAUAAUUGCACAGAAACAACUGAGCUGCUGUUGAAACUUCGCAGUCUGCUUCAGAAAUCUGAUCUUUAUAGAAUUCGCUUUAUUUUAGACAAAAUCCAGGGCACAGACCUUCAUAUGGAGAGUGCAAUUUUAUAUGGGAAACUAGAAGAGCACGAGAAGGCUUUGCAUAUCCUCGUCCAUGAGUUGAAGGACUUCCCUGCUGCUGAGGAGUACUGUGUGUGGAGCUCUGAGGGCAGAGACUCGCAGUACAGGCGGAGGCUGUUCCACCUGCUGCUGUCGGUGUAUCUGACGCCGGGCGCCUCGGACUGCGCGCUCGUCAUGGCCGCCGUGGAUCUCCUCAAUAACCACGCCGCGGAAUUCGACGCCGGCCUGGUUCUGCAGGUGGUGCCUGACAGCUGGUCAGUGCAGCUCCUCUCCCCGUUCCUGGCUGGGGCAGUGAGGCAAAGCAUUCACACAAAAAGAAUGACUCAGGUGGCACUUGGGUUAGCACAAGCUGAAAACUUAAUCUACAAGCACGAGAAGGUUAAACAAAAAGGAGCCCCGAUUCUUCUUUCAGACAAAAAGGUUUGUCAGGUGUGCCAAAAUCCUUUCUGCGAGCCUGUGUUUGUCAGAUACCCCAAUGGGAGCAUGGCCCACACGCACUGUGCUGCAAACAGACAUCUCAAUUCCAAUGUGACUCCUCACUCUCCCAGCUCCAGCAAUCAGACUUGAAAUAUUCCCACAGUUCCCAUGACUUGUACCCCAUUGAAAGUGGGCUGGAAAGAAAAAAGUGCAGCUACUUUAUGUAUAAAUCAAGGUAGACAGCUAGUUUUUGGGUUAAUGGGAAGACUUCCAGUAAAUAUAAAAUACUGCUACUUCUUUUUGAUUCCUAAUGAAUGUAGAUAGAAAAUUCACUACCACACAUGGAGAGGUGCAAAUAUGGGCUCUUCUGUGAAUAGGAGUAAACACUUAAGGGAAAAGGAGCCUUUUCUUCACAGUGAGGAUGAAUGUUACGGAGUGAAGGCAAACAGUAAUUUUAAGAAUUGUCACUUUGCACUGACUGUGGUGUUGAUAAAUUUGUGGAGGGGAAGAUGACAUUUAUUGGAGUUGGAAUUCUUGAAGAGUGAUGGGACAAGAUUGGCAUCGUGCAGCUUGCUAUGAAGACAGAGAUGUGCAUCGAUUUUAGUGCUUGCUGCAGCAUGUCUUCUUUUGGGCUGGAUUAUCUUCCACAGGAUCACAUUCUCAACUUCAAUUUUUUUGCUCUACAAAAUGUUGGCUUUUGAUGCACCUUUUAGUACCUCCCUCCCAUCCACCUUCUAUAUGGGAUUUAAAUGUAAGCACUGUUCUGUUAGGUUUCUGCUCCUGCAGGUACUGUAAUGUACUAAGUGGAAACCAAUAACCUCAAUCACACAGAUGAGCUUGCAAGAAAAAAGAGAGAAAGUUUGUCUGGUCAGACUGUAGUCACUUUUAUAUGGGGAAAGAGGCCCUGACUUUAAUACUGAUUUAUUUAUUAAUAUGCAAAUAUGCUGUACAUACAGUUGAAUAAAUUGAUCUUAUAAUUCUAGCAUUUCUUUGGAGGAUUAAGAUGUAGCUGAUACAUAAAUGUACAGAUGAUGUGCUAAGUGUUUGCUAUAACAUAACUUAGGCAGGUUGGAACUCCACAAAAAUAGGUUUUAGUGCUUAUGGAUGACUUUGUGCAAUCAAAACCACAGAGAGAAGGUAUAAAAUUGUAAGAAAUCUACAAAAGUGCACUACAGGGGUAGUGGGUUUUUAUAUUCUACUAAAUAUUCUGUGAACUAAAAUUUUUCAAAUAACACAAACCCUUUACUUAACUGCCCUCAUAUGUAUUCACAUUGCUAUUUAACAAUUUUAAAGUGGAUUUAAAAGAUGUGGCUUCCCCCAAGAGAGGUUAAAAAAUGAGAACUUUAAAUAAACUUAAGUACUGCAAACUGAAA